AUGACAAGGAUUUUUGCCUAUGACUCAUACCAAGAUCAAUGUGAGAUAAUUCCUGGCACGAUGAGCCUGCCUGCACUGGAAAAAAAGGGGGACAUCAUAUUAGGAGGACUCUUCUCCCUUCAUGACAUGGUGGUGGAGCCCAGUCUGUCUUUCACUUCUACACCUCCGUCUACCCAGUGCACGAGGUUUAAUUUUCGGACAUUCCGUUGGAUGCAAACUAUGAUCUUUGCCAUUGAGGAAAUUAACAGAAAGGGCAAUCUCCUUCCCAACAUCACACUGGGCUAUAAGAUAUAUGAUUCAUGCAGUACACCCCAUCAGGCUCUAAAGGCUGUAUUAGAGUUAAUGGGUACAGAGAACAAUUCAGGAGGAAAUACACACCAGCAAGGAGUCUGUCGUGAGUCCAUACCAGCAGUGAUUGGAGAUGGGGGCUCUACUCAGUCUCUUGUAGUAGCUCAUUUCUUGGGAGUCUUUCAUGUGCCACAGGUUAGCUAUUUCUCAAGCUGUGCAUGUCUCAGUGACAAAAACAAGUUCCCUGCCUUUUUAAGGACCAUGCCCAGUGACUUCUUCCAGGUAGAUGCACUACUACAACUUGUCAAGCAUUUUGGCUGGACUUGGGUGGGUGUGAUUGCAGGGGAUGAUGAUUAUGGUCGUGGUGGGGCUAAUAUCUUUGUAAAUGAGGUUACAAAGUUGGGUGCUUGUGUUGCUCUUCAUGAAAUUAUACCUAAGAACAGAGCGCAGAGCAUGAUAUCAUCUAUUGUUUCCAACAUCCAAUCAUCUGGGGUUUGGGUGAUUCUGGUGUUUGCCGUGGAACAAGACGCAGCAGCUCUGUUUGAUGAAGUGCUCAGAAUGGAGCUUGCUGGGAUACAAUGGCUCGCCAGUGAGGCUUGGAGCACAGCUGCCAUUCUUUCCACCCCUAGAAAGUACCAUCACAUCCUCCAGGGUUCGAUGGGAUUUGCCAUUCGGCGAGCAGACAUACCUGGAUUGCGAGAUUUCCUUCUUCGUUUGAACCCCUUAAGCUCAGAUGCAAGUAAUGAUCCCUUCCUGGCACCCUUCUGGGAGGAGGUGUUUCAGUGCAGUCUGGGUGUACAGGCUGAAGAUCAAAAAUAUAAUACUGAGGGUAAACCUCCAUGCUCUGGAACAGAAGAGUUGCGGAGCAUAGCAAAUAUCUAUUCAGAUGUGUCACAGCUAAGGAUUUCCUACAAUGUCUAUAAAGCUGUGUAUGCCCUUGCCCAUGCAAUCAAGGCUAUGAGAAGCUGUGUGAAAGGAAAAGGACCAUUUCUUCAGCAAGCAUGUCCAGAUAUGGACAGUAUAAAGCCAUGGCAGCUGCUUCAUUAUAUAAAACAGGUAAAAUAUUUCAACACUUUUGGUGACGAAACAAAGUUUGAUGAGAAUGGUGACCCUACAGCCAUGUAUGACCUUGUUAACUGGCAGCUGAAGCCAAAUGGAAAAAUGGAUUUUGUCACUGUAGGUAAAUUUGAUGAGACAACUGCAGCUUCACACCAUAAACUUCAAAUCCAGGAAGAGAAAAUUUUAUGGACUGGUAACCAAACCAAAGUUCCCUUGUCAGUAUGCAGCAAUGUUUGUCCUCCAGGGACCCGGAAAGCAAUCAGACCUAACUUCCCUAUCUGCUGCCAUGAUUGUGUGGUUUGUGCAGCUGGGGAGAUUAGCAAUCAGACUGAUGCCAUAGAGUGUAUCCGAUGCCUGCCAGAGUUCUGGUCCAGUGCUGAGAAGACUGCCUGCAUCCCCAAACAGAUGGAGUUCCUUUCCUUUAGUGACACUAUGGGAAUCAUUCUGAUGGUUAUUUCCCUCACUGGCAUCUUCAGCACCUGCUUUGUGGCCUUUAUAUUCUACUGUCACAGAAGCACCCCCAUUGUUAGGGCUAAUAACUCUGAACUGAGCUUCCUGCUACUCUUGUCUUUGACUCUGUGUUUCCUGUGUUCCCUGAUCUUCAUCAGUCAGCCCUCUAAGUUGUCCUGCCUGCUGCGCCACACAGCAUUUGGAAUUACCUUUGUCCUCUGUAUCUCCUGCAUUCUGGGGAAAACCAUAGUGGUCCUAAUUGCCUUCAAGGCUACACUUCCAGGCAGUCAUGUCAUAAAAUGGUUCGGGCCUUUGCAGCAAAGGAUAAUCAUUACCUGUUGUACACUUGUCCAGGUAAUCAUCUGUACAGUAUGGCUGGUUGUUGCUCCCCCAAUGCCACAAAAACUAAUGCCACGUGAUAGCCCUAUUGUCAUUCUUCUCUGUGACAAAGGUUCCCAUCUAGCAUAUGCUCUGGUCCUGGGCUACAUUGGCCUGCUGGCUUUCCUCUGUCUUGUCUUGGCUUUUCUGGCGAGGAAACUUCCGGACAAUUUCAAUGAGGCCAGAAUCAUCACAUUCAGUAUGAUAAUUUUUUGUGCUGUGUGGAUAGCGUUUAUUCCUGCCUACAUCAGCUCUCCUGGAAAGUACUCCACAGUCACAGAGGUGUUUGCUAUCUUGGCCUCAAGUUAUGGAUUGCUGGGCUGCAUCUUUGCCCCCAAGUGCUACAUAGUUCUACUAAGGCCGGAAAAGAACACAAGGAAACAUCUCAUGUCCAAAACAUCCACAUCCAAAAGAUUUUAG